CCAGAACAUGCGCCAAACACCGGAAGUUGAUCAAUCAGCUGAUCGUGCGUCCCCUUGUUGAUUCCUGAAGUUGCCGUUGUUCGGACACAUUCAGCCCGGGGAAGGAAUUCAGCGGAUGGUUAAAAGCUCACAAACACAUGACUAACGGGAGACGUGGGCAAUUUGAAUUGGCAUCCUCGCGGCACAAGAGCUAGCUCACAAACUGGUGAUGGUGGAAGGGAGAAAGAAAGAAAGAAAGACAAACAAGCCGUUUUGUUUAUUUUUGCCAUGACCGUGUGAGCUGCAUUUUCUAUCUCUUGUGUAUCGAAUUCAGGAUAUUUACUUUAUAUACGGUUUUUGUACUUAAUUCUCAAUGCAAUAAGCGCAACUAGCUCAGUCGGCUAAUGUUAGCGAAUAGAGCAACACUGUUGUUGUCUUGCUCGGCGCUUUCGUAAUUUGCCGAUAGUGACCGAUUAAUUUAGCCUUUAAAUGAAGCAAUAUUCCGACUGAUUGCCGACCUUGUACGUGUCGACUUUGGCGUCAGGUUGCGUAAUUUGUUUGCCAAAGUCGAGAGCAGCUAACUUGGUAGCCUGCUUUUAAAAUUGUUGCUUGUAAGACUGAGACCUUGGGAUCGUUAUUUUAUCCUUAUUUGAUUGACAUCUUUUUGCACUCUUUUAAUCAUAGUUUCAAUGUCGUACAUUAAAGUGGUCACUUAUGACUGGAAAGUUUCACGCUGAUGCCCACCGCUGUAUUUGGUGGCUUGUUUAUGUUGGGAGUUAUGAAUUUAAGUAUCCGAUUGCAGUAGUCAGGGUCGAGAGACAGGGAGAGGGUCCCUCAGAGGGUCCCAUUGAGUUUUAAGGUGAGCCAUCAGCUACUACUCGCCAAUGCUGGAUCUGGAAGUGGUGCCAGAGCGAUCACUUGGAAAUGAGCAAUGGGAACUUGUCCUCGGCAUGCCAUUGGCCCAGGCCAUCUCUAUUCUCCAGAAACAGUGCCGCAUCAUAAAAAAUGUCCAGGUGCUUUACAAUGAACAGACUCCGCUCAGCCAUGACCUCAUGCUGAACUUGACUCAGGAUGGUAUUAAACUGCUGUUUGAUGCUACAAAUCAGAGACUCAAGGUAAUUGAAGUGUAUGACCGAAGCAAAGUGAAAUUGAAAUACUGUGGAGUCCAUUUCAACUCUCAAGUUGUUGCCCCCACUAUAGAACAAAUAGACCAGUCUUUUGGGGCAACCCACCCUGGAGUUUACAAUGCAGCAGAGCAGUUGUUCCAUCUCAGCUUUCGAGGAUUGUCAUUCUCCUUCCACCUUGACUCUUGGAAUGAAGCUCCAAAAUACGAGAUUCCACAUGGGGCCGUUGUCAAGAGUAUGCACAUCUACGCUGGCAACAACCUGCAAGAAACAAAAGCUCCAGCGAUGCCAUUGGCCUGUUUCCUUGGUAACAUCUAUGCAGAGUGUGUGGAUGUCCUGAGAGAGAGUACAGGACCAGUGGGGCUUAAGUUCCUCCUACUUUCUGCAGAUUUCAGUCCUGGUGUGAUGGGUGAUGCUAAAGUGAUGUCCUUAGAAAGAAAGAUCUACUUUGGAGACUCCUGCCAGCAGGUGCUGGGUGCUCUUGGAUCCCCUCAUAAAGUAUUCUACAAGUCUGAGGACAAGAUGAAGAUUCAUUCUCCAUCACCUCACAAAGAGGUUUCUUCCAAAUGUAACGACUACUUCUUUAACUACUUCACUCUUGGAGUGGAUAUCCUUUUCGAUUCCACAACUCAUCUGGUUAAGAAGUUUGUCCUCCAUACCAACUACCCAGGACAUUAUAACUUCAAUAUAUACCAUCGAUGUGACUUUAAAAUUCCACUCAUUGUGAAGAAAGGAGCUGACUCACAGACCGAUGACUGCAUACUAACUGCUUACAGCAAGUGGGAUCAGGUUCAGGAAGUGCUGGGCCACCCAAUGGAAAAGCCUGUUGUGCUUCGUAGGUCCUCGUCUGCCAACAAUACCAACCCCUUUGGCUCUACAUUUUGCUUUGGACUGCAGAGGAUGAUUUUUGAGGUGAUGCAGAAUAACCACAUAGCAUCAGUGACGCUCUAUGGUGCUCCACUGACCACCAGUCAAGCCCAACCAGAGGCCGGUUGCAGCAGCUCCCACUGAACCAGAAACCCGACAUUGCAUUCCACUCUGGCUUAUUUUCAGCACAGUUGAAAUCAAGCAAGCCACAAAAACAACACAGCAUUAAAAUCACAAAUGGCAACAGUUCCAUUUGUUGCCCUUCUGGCUUGAAAGAAUUGCAAUGUCCUGCCAUUGUGGACUUGUGAAAAACUGCUGUGGUCAAAGUCAAACAUGAGAGAAACUUGGUUUGAUCUUCGGAAUCAUCAUCAUCAACCAACUGCACUGCCAACCGGCAGCUGCCGCCUGUCAAAAAGAAAAA